ACCGAUAUAUCUUCUUCUCUUUUUCAUCUUCUCCUCUCUCUCUCUCCAACAAGUGCAAAUUAAGUACAGUUGACUGCAGAAAGGUAUCUAAAGAUCUGCUUCUGGUGGUAACAUGGGUAGAGCACCUUGCUGUGAGAAAAAUGGAUUGAAGAAAGGGCCAUGGACGCCCGAGGAAGAUAAGAAGCUGAUCGAUUAUAUCCAGAAACAUGGGCACGGAAGCUGGCGAACCCUUCCCAAGAAUGCCGGACUUCAUAGGUGCGGAAAGAGUUGCCGCCUUCGAUGGAACAACUAUCUCAGACCUGAUAUCAAGAGAGGCAGAUUUUCAUUCGAAGAGGAAGAGACUAUAAUCCAACUACACAGUAUUCUGGGGAACAAGUGGUCUGCCAUUGCUGCUCGGUUGCCUGGAAGAACUGACAAUGAAAUCAAGAACUACUGGAACACACGUAUUAGAAAAAGGCUCCUCCGAAUGGGAAUUGAUCCCGUAACUCAUAGUCCCCGCCUUGAUCUUCUCGACCUCUCCUCGAUUCUCAACUCACCUCUUUACAACCCAUCGCAGUUGGAUCUUUCAAGACUUCUCGGCAUCCAGCCUCUCGUUAACCCUGAGCUCCUAAGGCUAGCCACUACUCUCUUAUCUUCCCAAAACGAAAACCGGCCAGAAUUUCUCCUGCAAAAUCUUCAUGAGAACCAACUCUGCAAUCCCCAACUCCCAAAUGAUCAGUUUGCCUCUUUCCCUCCUAACCAGCUCCCAACAAACCCAAUUCAAGAAAUCCCAGUUUGUACCACAUCUACUACUCCCUGGGCUCCAUUUCUAGAUGAAACCCAACUCCUGCAAACCAAUGUAGAGAAAUUUCCAUCAAAUCCCACAAGCUUCAGCUGCCCAACUUCCCAAACCAAUCUGUGGCAACACAAUGAAAUGCCUUGUAAUUUUCAGGAAAGUUUUGUUUCUUUACCAAAUUUCAGCUAUGUUGGUUCUGAUCAUCCUACUGCCGAUCACACUCUACUGAAUAACUCAAUUUUCCAAUCCAACAACAACAGCAGCAGCAGCAGCAGCCAUGAUUUUGGCUUCACUUCAGUUCUAUCAACGCCUUCAUCGAGCACAGCGCCCUUGAAUUCGUCGUCGACGAAUAUCAACAGUAGCACUGAAGAUGAGAGAGAUAGCUACUGCAGUAACGUGUUGAAGUUCGAAAUCCCUGAUCUCUUGGAUGUCAAUGAAUUCAUGUAAUCUACAAAAGCUACUGCCUCGGAGAAGAGAGCUUGAAAUUUGAUAACCCCACUGCUCAAGAAUCUUUUUCUUGUCUUUUAAAUUGUUUCUGUGUAUGACUGGUGUUGAUUCUGUAAAAUCUAUACGAAUUUGUUGUAAUUUUUAUUAAGGUUACAGUAUCAGGAAACAGGAGCUCCUUGUUUUGA